GCGCUAGAUGCCCUUCAGGAUUGUUUUCUUAAAAUGAGAAUCAUAUCAAAGUUGUUUUUUGUGCCCAAUUUCGUGAUAUCUAAAAUCACCAGGAAACAGAUAUGGAAGAAAGUACGACAGAAAAUUGGAAACAUCCCCCAUCUUUCCAUAGACUGGGACGAUUUGACUGAUCGCUUUAUUGAACCAAUUAUUUGGGUUGUUGAUCAUUUUGCUGAUUCCUUAGGAAAGAUAUUUGUCAGUCUAGUCUGGCUUUUAAUUCUGUUUAUUGUCGGUGUAGCUUACUGGAUUGGGUUAUCCUUUUAUUGGAACAUCAGUGCUGAGCUCACUAUAGCUCUUGUGAUAUUUGGUCAUUGGAUUUUACUUAAUGUAGUUUUUCAUUACUAUAUGGCUUUGGUGACACCUCCUGGCCUACCUCCUGAUGCAGAACAAAUUCCACACAUUAAAGCUCGAUGUAAAAAAUGUCAGUCAGUCAAACCAGAACGAACACAUCAUUGUUCAAUUUGCCGGAAAUGUAUCCUUAGGAUGGACCAUCAUUGCCCUUGGUUAAAUAACUGUGUCGGACACUUCAACCACCGAUAUUUUUUUCUCUUCAUGGCGUAUGUUGUAUUGGGAAUGAUCUUCCUAUUCAUUUUCGGAGCACCCGUCAUUAUUCAUGAAUUAUCCAAUUCCGACGCUUCAGAGCCUAUCGGAUAUCCUGUCUUCCACAAUGGAUCUCAUUUACUACCUGUGAAGCAGGUGGAGGAGGUAGCCCCUCCUCGGUCGAGAUCGUUGAGAAGGGCUGUCUCGGUAACGGUGUCGAUACUCUGUGCAGGUAUUCUAGCUGCCUUGGGUGCCUUAGUUGGUUGGCAUGCUAGACUUAUAUCGAGAGGAGAAACAAGCAUCGAAAAUCUGACUAAUAAAGAUGACCGUGAGGCUAAACGACUAGAAGGAGACACUUUCGUCAACCCGUAUGACUAUGGAUCUUAUGAAAACUGGCGGAUAUUUCUAGGGCUUUCAGAAGGGAGGACAUGGUGGUGUGUUUUCUUUCCAUCUAUCCAUCCUCCGAGGGGUGACGGUAUCUCGUGGUGCUUCAAAAACGAUCUGACUCAUGUAUCUUAUAAAUGAUGUCUCCACCGAGCCUAAAAUCCGCCCUAAGUCAAGAACGGAAAUUCAUUAGAAGGCUCUUUUGCUGCGAAAUCUAGGUGAUCUUUUCUUAGUCACGAUUAUUUAACUUAUGCAUAUGACAUUCCAUCAAUCAACUCAAGAAUGAAUACAAAAGUGCGAAAACUGAAA